UUUCCUCUCCUACCCUUUUCUUUAUUUUAUUCGGCCCACUCCCCCUCCUUUUUCUCGUCUCCUCCGCCCCAGCGCCCGGCGCCUCCCCUUCUCUUCACCGCCGGUCGUCGGCGCUGCCGACUGCGCCCCACGCGCCACGACGACUCAGCCCCACCGCGCCGCCUCCGACUCCACCCCAUCGCGCCACCGCCGACUCCGCACCACCGCGCCGCCGACUCCGCCCCACCACCCGUCGCCUCCGCUCUUCGCCGCGCCAGAUCCGGUGGGCCGCGCCGUCGACUCCUCCCCACGGCGCCGCCGACGACUCCGCCCCUCUCCCUCCGCCCUUCGCCGCCUCUCUCUCCCUCCGCACGGCGAGAGGUGCGCGCGAGCCGAGCCGGAGGGGGAGGGGAGGGGGGGAGGGAGCGGCGGAUGCCAUGGGCAGCGGCGCGUCACGGCUGCUGACCGCGUGCACGUGCUCGCGGCCGGCGCCGGCGUCCGUGGACGCGGAGCCGUGCCUGGACGACGCUCUCGGCCACUCCUUCUGCUACGCCGCCGCCGCCACGGCCACCGCCCACUCCUCGUCGUUCCGCCACGGCAUCUCCGGCGCCGCGCUCUCCGCCAACUCGUCGGUGCCCGUCCCGCUCUACAACGCGUCCGCCGCCGCCGGCGGCGUGGCGCCGGGGUACUCCUCGGCAUUCCACACCUCGUCGUCCUUUUCCUCCGCGCCGCUGCAGCUGUCCAACCUCUCCUCGGGCCCGCUGUUCCUCUCGGGUCCCAUCGACCGCGCCGGCCAGCUCUCCGGCCCGCUCGACCCCGCCGUGCCCUUCUCUGGCCCGCUCCCCGCAAAGCCUCCCAAGCCCGCGUCCUCCUCAUCGAGGGGGUUCUCGAGGAGGUUCCGGAAGCCGUCCUUCGGCAGCCUGCGGCGGAGCGUGUCGGAGAAGAACCGCCCGUGCGCCGUGCCGCUCCGCCGCGACGACGGCGUGCAGUGGGCGCACGGCCGCGCCGGGGAGGACCGCGUCCACGUGGUGGUCUCCGAGGAUCAGCGGUGGCUCUUCGUCGGCAUCUACGACGGCUUCAACGGCCCCGAGGCCCCCGACUUCCUCGUCACCAACCUCUACCGCUUCCUCCUCCGCGAGCUCCGCGGGAUCUUCUACAAGGAGGCCGACGCGGACAACAAGAAGCUCUGGCAGUUUCUCGUGGACGGCGACGACGACGACAGCGAGCUCGACUUCUCGGGCUCUGGCCGGUUCGCGCUGUCACUCGACAGGCUCAAGGAGAGUCGGUUUCACAUGUGGGCGCACGCCGCGGCCGACGAGAGCGGCAGGGAAUGGGGUUCCAGGAGGUUGGCACCGGCGCCUGCGGUGAGGGACCAUGCGGCGGUGCUAGCCGCUCUCACCCGGGCCCUGGCCUCGACGGAAGCGGCGUACUUGGACAUGACCGACCAGUCAAUGGGAACCCAUCCGGAGUUGGCGGUCACCGGGGCGUGCCUGCUCGUGGCCCUCGUGAGGGACGACAACGUGUACGUGAUGAACCUUGGGGACAGCCGUGCCAUUGUGGCGCAGCGUCCGGACGAUGGCGACGAUGGCUGUGUGUUUGGAACCAUGCGGCGGAUGGAGGACGUCGGGGUGGGCUUGGAGAUCGAGACAAGGCCCGGCGGAUGCGCCAUUAUUGGGCUUAAGCCACUGCAGCUGUCGACUGAUCACAGCACCAGCAUCGAAGAGGAAGUUCACAGGAUCAAACGUGAACAUCCUGAUGAUGAUCAGUGUAUUGUAAAUGAUAGAGUGAAGGGUCGCCUAAAAGUUACCCGGGCUUUUGGUGCAGGCUAUCUCAAACAGGCAAAAUUGAACAAUGGAUUGUUAGAGAUGUUCCGCAAUGAUUACAUUGGUGAUACACCGUAUAUAUCAUGCACACCAUCGCUUUGCCAUCACAAGCUCACUGCAAGGGAUCAGUUUUUGGUUCUUUCUUCCGAUGGCUUAUAUCAGUACCUGAGCAACGAGGAGGUAGUUUUGCAUGUUGAGAAUUUCAUGGAGAGGUUUCCAGAAGGUGAUCCUGCACAAAGUUUAAUUGAGGAGCUUCUCUCUCGUGCAGCAAAGAAGGCUGGUAUGGAUUUUUAUGAGUUACUAGAUAUACCUCAAGGGGACCGAAGAAAAUACCAUGAUGAUGUCACUGUCAUGGUUAUUUCUCUGGAAGGGAGAAUCUGGAAGUCGUCCGGAACAUAUGUGUGAUGAUCAGUUGGAACAAUGUCGAUGUCAAUAUUUAUGGUGACGCAUCAAGUGAUCUCAGCUGGUCAGAGCCUCUGAGCAACUGCAUUUAUGCUCAUCAGGGGAGAAACACCCACAGAUGGCUGACAGAUGAUGCACUCCAUACAUUUGUCAAAGCGAUUGGAGUUGGAGCCAGCGUUGGUCUAGAUCUUAGCUUCAGCACAAAACACAGUCCAUGAAUGUGCUAGAGAGUUAAUUCUCGGUUGGACCAAGAUUGCAGAGAGAGAUGACACAUAUGAGGAAUCCCUUUGCAAAGCAGAGUUAAGAACACUUUCUUUUGUGACCCGCUUAGUUGAUUGGUUACAUACUCACCUGUGACAAUUCCCUCACCCCCCUCCCCCCUAGCUGGCUAGCUAUGCUGCAUAGAGAUUGACACUUCUUUCAUUUUUGGAGAAAGAACGUCUUUGGAAGGCGCCGUUUUCAUGUUCAUGUCAGGAAUGGGAAGGAAAUGUAAUAUGAUUGGAUAUUCAUGGUGAAGAAAUUGAAAAUGUGUCCCUCAUGUGGUGCUCAACAUCGUUUUCGUAAA